AUUGCAAAAAAAACAAAACAGAGCGCGUUUCUCAUAAAAACUUGUGAAGAUUUGAAGACAUGGAAAGACAAAGACAAUGAUGUAGAAUCAUAUCAAUAUCAAGCUGUUAAGAAGUGUUAUGGAAAUGCAAGCUGGCUGCAUACUUAUGUUAGUCUUUGUGUUGGCUUCACUUCGUGAGAGUCAAGGUAAAUCUACUAGCAGCGGGAAAACUAUCAUCCUGCAAGAAAAUGUCUCUAAAUUUAUGGACAUUGACAUAGCAUCUAGUAACAUUGAUACUGAAAAUACCCUAUCUAUACGUUGUAAUAACAUCACACUGUACAUAUGUAGAAAAGACAAUGUGUGUAUCAAGAAAACUAAAUCAAAUAUCUUCAAUAUAACAAAAACCAAGGAUAGAAAUCUAAGAGUAUAUUUUGAAAAUGUAGUUAGAGACAGACCUAUUGACAUAAAUGGAACGUGGCAAGUUUGUAAGGCUGGUGAAAAUGGAAAUUCUUGUGAUGAUACAUUAACCAGAAAGGUUUUUAUUUACGCUCAGCUGGACUAUUUCAACUGUACAUAUGACUUUGCCGAUGUGGAUCACAGCCUUCAGAUUUCAUGCACUGUCGUAAACAUUUUCCCACAAGCUAUCUGUUCAUUUGAUACAAUGGAAGUUUUAUCCGAAGUAGAGUACAAACAUGAUAAAAUUCAAGGAAUCACUAAGUGUUCCGUAACACUAGACAUCAACAAAGAUCCCUUCCAGGUGAGAACAACAAUUUAUCCAAAUAUCACUGGAGACAUCACAGACAUGGCUUAUGGCAUUAGUGUCACUUUAUCUGUUAAGAACGUAAAAAAGAUUAUCCCAGGGAAGAGAAAGUGUUUUCUAGAAGGAAAUAGCACAUCAAUACACUCUUGCAGCUGUACGACAAGUCUACUAGCGAGUGUUGCAUUGAAUUCAAGUGUUAUUACAGACGAAAUAGGAUUUUAUACGUGUCCUUAUUUAGCUCAGCUUGACUAUUUCAACUGUACAUAUGAAUUUGCCGAUGUGGAUAACAGCCUUCAGAUUUCAUGCACUGUCGUAAACAUUUUCCCAAAAGCUAUCUGUUCAUUUGAUACAAUGAAAGUUUUAUCCAAUAUAGAGUACAUAUAUGAUAAAGUUCAAGGAACCGUAAGCUAUUUUAACACUAAGUGUUCCGUAACACUAGACAUCAACAAAGAUCCCUUCCAGGUGAAAAUAACAAUUUACCCAAAUAUCACUGGAGACAUCACAGACAUGGCUUAUGGCAUUAGUGUCACUUUAUCUGUUAAGAACGUAAAAAAGAUCAUCCCAGGGAAGAGGAAGUGUUUUCUAGAAGGAAAUAGCACAUCAAUACACUCUUGCAACUGUGCGGAAAGUCUACUAGCAGAAGCCGCAUUGAAUUCAAGUGUUAUUACAGACGAAAGAGGAUUUGUUGUUUGUCCCUAUUUAGGUAACUCUACUUUAACUAAAUGUGUAACUGAUGUAGAAACAUGAUUACAAAGAGAAUUUGUGUUUAUAACAAACUCAGACGCGGAAAUAAGGUUCGGUAAGCAUCAAGAAUAUCAGAAGAUAUAAAGAACACUCAGUAUCCUCCCUCCUUCCAGUGUUAGUAUGAUUGUUGUUUUCCAUUGGCUUUCUAACGUUGUUAGUACUUCUAUUACAGUAUUAAUAAUGUAUAGUCUUUCCACUUUUAUGCUCAUCAUUGCAUUAUAUUAGUCUUGUGUAAUCUCAUUAUUUUAUUCUAAAGCAAUGUAAACACAAAGAACAUAUUGAACUCGUUUGAAAUAAAACGUUUUAUUAUAAUCAGAUGAUACUAAAUAUGCAUAAAUAUGCAUCUGCCUAUCACCACUGGCGAAUUCAAAACUUUGAAGUGGGAAGGGGUGAUCACCCCUACCGACACCUCGCCCUACCCCCCAAACACAUAGUGAUUCGCCAAUGCCUGGCACACACAAAAUUUAAAAUCACUAUAGACAUCUUACACAAUUCCCACACAUUGGCAACUCAAGCGGGCCAGCUCAUCAGAUGGAUUUCAUUGACAGAUGCUGCCUGAGUAACACUUUACCUUUGAUUAUGUAAUACUUACAUCCAGACAUAUUUAGAAUUGUUUGAUGAUAUAGUAAGAAUUGAUCGAGGUCAGUCAUCCAGUGAUAAGAUUGGAACCAAUAUGCUUAGUGCAUAAGAAACACUCCUACAUGUAUUUAGCAAAAUAAAAUAGACGACAAUUAGGCUGUUUCAGUUAUAUCAAAAUUUACAACUUGAGAACCCUUUAUUAAGGCCCUGAUGCAUUUCUUGUUGUUUUUUAAUUAACCAAACUACCUGAACACAACAGCUCAAGAAAAUGUGACAAUAUCAAAUGGUAUAUUAUAACGAGGCGCAUCUUUUCUUUUAUUGAAUUAACGUAGCCACAAACACUACCAGAGAAGGUAAGUCUAGGUUUAAUUACUAUUCGUAUUGUCUAAAUAUCUUUCGUUAAUUUAUAUAGAAAAUGAAAUUUUUUAGAAAUAAAAAGUAUAAGAUGAGAAUGUUAAAUUUGCGGCUCGAAAAAUAUUUCUUUGAAGAGAACUCAAAAUAAAAUAAGAGAUAUUUUUUUUAAGUUUAAAGAUUAACUCGUUAUCAAUAUAAUACACGACACUAGUUUAGCCCAGCAACUAGGAAGGUAGGUUGAAUACACAACUUCUAGAGAUCACAAUACUCACUUGUACGUUUUGGAUCAAUUAUUUGAAUUUUGUAUUUCACAAGUUUAUUUGUCGUACUUAAUCGUAAUUAUCGUAGUCUGUUGAUCAAAUGUGUCACUUAUCUUUUUUAUAUUAAAAGACUUAAUUCAGACCACAGCAGCACUAGCUAAGCCUAUAUAGAUUAUUUCACAUUAUUUUUCUUUAUUUCAGAUACUAUUGACAAUACAGAUGUCUACACAUUGUAGUUAAAUGUCGUGUGGUAAUUGGACAUUUCCCAUUGUCCUCUCCUCGCCACUGUUAUAUGAUUUUGAUAUUAUAACACAGAAGGGACUCGGGUCGCUAUAGGCAAUUAAACAGAUCACAGGCAGAGGGAGAUUUAGUUUACUUCAUAAUUGACACAUUAUUCAAUCCAGAACUUCAUACGCGUAGCUAAGUGAAAUACUGAUUUGUGCUUAGCCUUUGUGGCUGAACAUAGUGUCCAACUGAUGGUGUUUAUGAGGCUGUGACUUGGGUUGUAGUUCCAGAGCAGUGACACGACACAUUGGUCGAAAAUUGUUUUAUCGCCUCUGGGACUUUCACUAGGAGUGGAACAUACAGUACGUUUCAUUCACUCUGUGUAAGUAGUUACAAUUACUAGUAUAAAGACUGCUAUUAUAGCCUGUCUGCCAAAACCUUUCCUCAUCUAAUACAUUGGCUAAAAAUAGCUUAGAAAUAAAUAUUUUCUUGGAAAAAUCAAUGUUCCUUGCAAUGUUCAAGUUCAAUGCAAUGUUGGUCAGUCUUUCAAUAUGGCAUGAUUUCUAAAUUAUUUAUUUUUUCAGCUUCAAGAUAUAUAUCGUAAUCUAUUUAAAUUUAACGUGCCUCAAGCUAAAAAUGUUGUAUUGUUACAGUAGUUAAGCAGUGUGUGUGUGUGUGUUUGUGUGUGUAAUUGUGUGUUUCUUUUGUGACUGUGGGAAGAGGUUAACGGUUGGUUGUGAAUAAUGCAAGACAUGUGCCAUUGGUCUUAGUUAGGACUGAAGACUCCAGAACGUGUGACUCAAAGAUUGUGUUAUUGUAGAGUGAUUUUGUUAAAAAAAUGUUAUUACUAAAGUCUAGUACAUUUAUUGUAUCUCAUACCAACUUGAUUUUGUC